AAAAAAAAAAAAGCGAUGAGUUGUGAGGCAGACAGCGGGUCCUACGCGGCCCCAGGAGACAGUGCGCAACUCAUUUGCUUAAAUUUGCAGCUGACGGCUGCCACCUCUCUAUAGGCACCGGGCAGAGAGCCUCUCAACAUCAGACAGUGACCAGUCUGGUGACAUACGGCUACAAGCAUGAACUACCCCUUGACCCUGGACAUGGACCUUAUCAACUACAACCUGGAGGACAUGUACAAGGAACUAGGCAACUACAGCGACAGCACGGAGAGCCCCGCGGUGGAAAAUCACCUCUGCUCCACAGCGGAGGGGCCCCUCCUGUCCUCCUUCAAGGCCGUGUUCAUGCCCGUGGCCUACGGCCUCAUCUUCCUCCUGGGGAUGAUGGGCAACAUCCUGGUGCUGGUGAUCCUGGAACGCCACCGGCAAACCCGCAGCUCCACCGAGACCUUCCUGUUCCACCUGGCCGUGGCCGACCUCCUCCUGGUCUUCAUCCUGCCUUUUGCCGUGAUCGAGGGCUCCGUGGGCUGGCUCCUGGGCACUUUCCUCUGCAAAACUGUGAUCGCCCUGCACAAGAUCAACUUCUACUGCAGCAGCCUGCUCCUGGCCUGCAUCGCCGUGGACCGCUACCUGGCCAUCGUCCACGCCGUCCACGCCUACCGCCACCGCCGCCUCCUCUCCAUCCACAUCACCUGUGCCACCAUCUGGCUGGCGGGCAUCUUCUUCGCCUUGCCAGAAAUCCUCUUCGCCAAAGUGAGCCGCCUCCAUCGCAACGACUCUCUGCCGCGCUGUACCUUCUCUCAGGAGAACCGAGCUGAAACCAACGCCUGGUUCACCUCCCGCUUCCUCUACCACCUCGGGGGCUUCCUACUGCCCAUGCUGGUGAUGGCCUGGUGCUACGUAGGAGUGGUGCACCGGCUGUGCCAGGCCCAGCGGCGCCCGCAGAGGCAGAAGGCGGUCAGGGUGGCCAUCCUGGUGACGAGUGUCUUCUUUCUCUGUUGGUCGCCCUACCACGUCGUCAUCUUCCUGGACACCCUGGCGAGGCUGAAGACCGUGAGCAACAGCUGUGAGCUGAACGGCUACCUCUCCGUGGCCAUCACCAUGAGCGAGUUCCUGGGCGUGGCCCACUGCUGUCUCAAUCCCAUGCUCUACACGUUCGCGGGCGUCAAGUUCCGUAGUGACCUGUCGCGCCUCCUGACCAAGCUGGGCUGUGCCGGCCCCGCCUCCCUCUGCCAGUUCUUCCCUACCUGGCGCAAGAGCAGUCUCUCUGAGUCAGAGAAUGCCACCUCCCUCACCACCUUCUAGGUCCCGGCCCCCUUCGUUUCUGCUUUCCUUGGGGGAUGCGGUGUUACUGGAGCCCCUUCCACGGGACCUGGGAUCCUAAGAACUCGCCGUGGCCUGGCUGUGUCCUCACAUGGGGCAGCUGGAUGAACCAACCCCUCUCUCCAGGACAUCCCUGCCAUCGCUUCUUCCAGCCCCAGGGCUGGGCUGCAGGCCGGGGAGGGGAGGCAGUCCAAAGGCAAGAGCAGAGGAUACCUGUGCCCGGCUGUAUCCCCUGGGGCUGAGAUGACCCCCCCCCCACACACACACACCUUGUUUCAUCUUAACCAUUGGAAGCUCAAGAAACAACUUUUACUUCUGCCCUUGCCCAUUGCGGAAGUCAGUCCCCUCCCAGAAUGCACUCCGUCAGCUCAGGGACCACCCACCUGCACCACUACCCACCUCUCCUCUCGCCCCACCUGCCGAAAGAAGCUAGAGGCUGAGCACCAGGGGAUGGAUGGAGGUCAAGGCCGAGGAAAGGCCAGCUGGCAAAAGAACGCAGCCUUAACGUCUCAGUCACUAACAAACACAGACGUUCUGCCGGGCCACCAGCCCUGCAGCAUCUUGACCAGGCAGGAAACUCAGACUGACCCAAUCCCGGAAGCUGCUCCUGGCCCUGACCAAAAUGGCCCCGGGCCAGCCCCGCGUCACUGGGCCCUGGGAGGUCUGCAGACUGAGGGCAGACUCCAGGCGCCCUCAGAGACCAGCCAGCCAGUGUCCUACAGAAGAAAGAAGGCCCAGCCAGCAGAGAGAAGCCACUGACAGGAAAGAUUCUCCUUCCUUAGCCCCAAGGAGGCACAAGUAAAAACCAAGGCCUGCUGUCUUCUCUGCCCAGCGUAAAGAGGGCCAGGGGCAGUAGGGUCCGGGGUCCCGGCGGGUCUGGGCACUGAUAAGGAAGGAGGCAGUCCGUUCCUUCCCGCCCCCCACUCUGCAAACUACACAGCAAAGGGGUCGCAAUCGCACGGAGGGAGCACUUCGCCGAGAGUCAGAACGGAGAUGGAGACCCGCCCCCCAGAGAAGGACGACAGACUGAAAGGGGCUUCUGGGGGUCAUCACAUCCAGCGCCCUGCCUGCAGGCCAAACCCAGAGCUUGCCUGUCUCUCUGGGCCUCAGCAAGAGCCACGAGGCAUCCCCUUCGUCUAGGCAGGGUGAAAAGCAGGCCUGGGCAGGGAAGUCCCCGAGCCUCAGGAAGCCAAGCCCUGCCCCUGAGAGGAUACUACUCAGAUGGAACCAGAGGAUGCUGCUCCGUGCCUGCCUGCCCAGAGAGGGCUCUCCCUCCCUCCUCCGCAGCCUCUGGGCUCGCCAGGGCGGGAUGUCCGGGACCCCAGCACUUGCUGAGGGCACCUCUGGGUUGCCCAGUCCCGCUUAAGGCAGCUGGCCAAGCUCCCCGGGAGGCCCCCACGGUGGAAGUCAGAGCUUGUGACCCCAGGAGGGGGGGCUGUAUCUUCACCGUAGGACCCUGGGAAAGCCCCCGGAGCCCCACUUUUUCUCUCCCAGCAUCCAACAGUAAGCUGGGCAGUCGAGUAGCCAGACACAGAAGCAAAAAGGCAAGAGGAUGGAUUUUAAUUUUCUCUUUUUAAUAAAAAGGCACCUAUAAAACAGGUCAAUACAGUACAGGCAGCACAGAGACCCCCGGAACAAGCCUAAAAAUUGUUUCAAAAUAAAAACCGAGAAGAUGUCUUCA